UAUUUUAUUAAAAUUUUCGUUUCAAAAUUUCAAAUUCUCAAUGGAGGCUUUGAAUCUUAAAACGUACGAAGACUUUUAGAUACCUAUUUGAAACAAUAAAUAUUAUCUUAAGUCUCAUCAAUCAUUUUAAAUCGUAUUACAUGCUAGGUAAAAAAUUCUGAUUGACAACACUUGUAGGUCUACUAUAAUAUAAUACAACGUAAUAAUGAAGAUUUAAGCCUAAAAGUUUAUAUGAGAUGUAUAUACUUUUUUAAACCAUAAAAUGAGAUAUCAUAGGAUCAUAGACUCAAUAAAAAUUAUUUCCAAAAAUUAUUCUUCUCGCAGCGAGCAAUAUUAUGCUAAACAAAUAAGAGAUGCUACUGUAGUGUGUACAAAUCACUUGACUCCAGAAAUAAAAUUGCAUUUAAUUACUGAACAAUGCAAACUGUGGCAUUCGCCUGCAAAUGAAUGCCAGUUUAACGAUCCAUUCUGGGCAUUUUAUUGGCCUGGUGGCCAAGCUAUUUCCAGGUUUAUAUUAGAUAACAGUAAGUAUGUAAAUAACAAAACAAUUUUGGAUAUCGGUAGUGGUAGUGCUGCAUGCAGUCUUGCGUCAGCUUUAGCGGGAGCCAAUCAAGUUACAGCUAACGACAUAGAUCCUGUUGCGUGUGUAGCAGCUAAGCUAAAUGCUCAGUUAAACAACAUCAAUAUUGAUGUGUUGUCUAAGAAUAUUUUGUUCAAUGAUUGUUCACAAUGGGAAGUUAUCAUUGUUGGAGAUAUGUUUUAUUCACAAGAUAUGGCGGAUGUACUGUGGAAAUGGCUGGACACGCUGUGUAACCAAGGGAAGACUAUACUGAUUGGUGAUCCGGGUAGACAUUGUUUUAAGCCCAAACGUCAUUUACAAGAGCGAUUAAAAAAACUUAAAGAAUACAAAUUAACAGAAAAUUGUUGUUUGGAAAAUCGGGGAUUUUCAACUGCAUCUGUUUGGAGUUUAGAAUAAAAUUAUUAGAUAUACUAAAAAAAAAACUAAGCCAUUUUAUACAGUCAAUAUUGAUCAAAAUUUGUCCAAAUAUAUUAAAAUUAUACAAUUUAAUUAUUUUUUAUGUUAUAAAAUAGUUAGUUUUAAUCUAGGAGCUGAUAGCUAUUUAAUUUUUCUGCACUGUAAAAUCCAGCUUUUACUUGUCUUCCACCAAAAAAUCUACCAUUUAGGUCUACAACAGCUGUAAUGAUAUAAAAAUAAUGUAAUUAUUAUAAAAUUAAUAUAUAUAUAUAUAUAUUUACAA